AUGGGACUAGAGCUUUUGGCUUUCUAUUUGUUGGCAUUCAAUAAGCUCGUUGCGUUAGAAAGAAUAGGUUUGAACUCUUGUUGCAUGGUACGGCUUUCUGCAAUUGCUGCGGAAAUGGGGCAACUGCAAAAUGAGAUUGAAGAGCGCCGUAGAGUGCUAAACCUCUUUUUUAGGAGUGUGAGAACACUGGAUCCCACCUGGAAAGAAGCGCGCAUUCGCGCUGCCAGAGAGCGUAUCGAGGAUUUGGAGGGGAGGCAGCAAGCGCUGCGGGCGGAGAAGCAAGCACUCAUAGUGCAGGCUGUCACCCACGGGCACCGGGGAGACUAG